AUGUUACAAUCAGACGCCGACAACUUUUUCCAGACCUCGGACUCGGUCGCCGAACAAAAGCGCAGACAGGCCAAAGCCGACAACAAGAAUGGAAAUCCCGUCGCCCUGACCUCAAAGGUCCUCGCUGUUCAUGCCGAUGAGCAGGAUCCUGAUGCUGUCUACAUCGCCGAAGCUGCUGGUACCGCGAGGCGCGUGGUUCUAGAGACUGGCGACACGUCGACCGUCUACACAGGCGCCGCUGCUCCUUUGACAUCUCUCACCAUCCUGCGCUCGCCAUCAGCUGAGCCCAUCCUCUUCGCCGCAUGCUGGGACAAGACGAUCCACUCCUGGAACCUCAAGACGCGCAGACCCCUUCAUCGCUUCACCGGCCACUCCGACUUUGUCAAAUGCGUUCUCGCAACACACAUCUCUGGGACCCCUGUCCUCCUCUCAGGCUCGGCAGAUUCCACCAUUGUAGUCUGGAACGUCGAGACAGGCAGAAAGAUUCACACCCUCAAGGGCCACGCCCGCGCCGUUCUCGAUCUCGCACUUGACCCUGCGGCAACUACAGAUGAUGAGCUCUGUCUCUUCAGCGCCGAUACCGUGCGUGACAUUCGCUGCUGGAGGAUUACUCUCGACAGCGUAAGUGAGCCUCUGACGACACCACUGCGGCCCCACGAGACUUCUGUCAACCGUCUGCGCUUUGAGGACUCUCUUGUCGUGGAUGUCGAGGACGCAGACGCCGACGCAGAUCUCUGGACAGCCUCAUCAGACAAGACUGCUCAGAGACUGGUUCGCUCGCGUGACUGGGCCACCGACACUACACUGCCUCACCCUGACUUUGUGCGAGACAUUGUCAUUGAUCAGCAAGCUGGAUGGGUCAUUACUGCAUGCCGCGAUGAGGAGGUUCGUGUUUGGAGCUCUGCCUCAGGAGAGCUGGCCUGCGUGUUUAGUGGUCACUUUAACGAAGUCACUGGUCUCGCCUUGAUGCCUCCUGCACAGGGCAGCAGAGCUAGUCGUGUCGUCAGUGUUAGCAUCGACGGCACGCUCAGAGUCUGGACCCUCGACCCUGCAGACAUGAAGAAAGCCCAGGAAGAAUACGAACGUCAGCAACAGGGCGUUGAAGUCGAGAAAGAGCCCGAAGCCAAGAAGGAAAGCAUGCUCACAGCAGAGGAGGAAGCAGAGCUGGCCGAACUGAUGGACUCUGACGAUGAGUAA